UCGGUCACACUGGUACACUAGCUGGCAGAAGGCAGUAAAUUUUUUUUCGUUUCCCUGUAACUUUAUUGUCGUAUGUUGAUUUCGAAAUCACAUCGAACCCUUUUUGUUACUUAAAUCCGAGACCACCUUCAGAUACUGCCGUAAAUAUGGAUACGGAGAAGUCUAGCAGCAGCUCCUUUGAGGAUCUGACCAACGCUGAGGAUACUAAGGAUAUCCGCAAAGUGGCCGCAGAGGAGGCUGCCUCCGGGGAUGGAACGCCGGCAUCAGCUCCGGAAGAUGAAAAAAAAGAGGUGGAAGAGGAUCCCGAGGAUGAGUGCGAUAUACUGGGCAACAAACAGCUGAUCAAACGCACUAUUAAGAAGCCGCCUCAAGAGGAAGCUAGACGUCCUGUUCGUGGGGAGCUGGUCACCCUUAACUUGACCGGCAAACUGGACAACGGCAAGGUGGUCGAGGACGAGAAGAACUUCCAAUGUCAUGUGGGUGACUACGAGGUCAUACAGGGCUUGGAUAUGGUGGUACCAAUGCUGCGGAUCGGCGAAGUGGCCCAAGUCAGCGUGGAUCCCCGUUUUGGUUACGGAUCCCUUGGACUGAAAAAGGACGGCGAAACCGAUUAUUUGGUUCCACCUGAUUCGCAUCUUACCUACGAAAUAGAGCUUUUGGAUAUCAAAUACGAAGACUUCGCGGACCUCAAGAGCUUUGAAAUACUGCGCAAAUAUGGUACCCGCAAAAAAGAACGUGCCAAUUUCUUCUACAAGCGCUCGGAGUUCACCACCGCCAUCCACUUGUACAGACGUGCUCUUGACUUUUUGGACAAUCGAGAUGGGGAUCCGGAGUCCGAGUUCGAUAAGGAGGAUCUUGAGCUUUCGAACAGCGACACGCAGGCUCUGCUAGAGGAUCGAUUGAUUGUGUACAAUAACUUGGCCAUGACUCAAAUCAAAAUUGCCGCCUUUGACGCAGCGCUGCAGUCUGUGGAGCAUGUCCUUCGGUGUCAGCCUAACAACUCUAAGGCCUUGUACCGUAAAGGCAGGAUAUUGGAGGGCAAGGCCGACACCCAGGGCGCCAUUAAGCUGCUGCAAAAGGUGGCUACUCUUGAGCCCGACAAUCGUGCCGUUCAGUCGGAUUUGGCCAGGCUGUUCAUCAAAGCUCGACGUGAAGAACACAACGAAAAGGAGAUGUAUCAGAAAAUGCUCGGACAGGCCAAGAAAAUGGAACAGAAGACUGCUACCAGGCAAAAGCAGCCACUUGUGGAAAACUCCAAACUCAAACUUCUUGGCUAUCUUAUGGGUUCCAUAUUAAUUGGAGUAGCUGGUGUCGCUAUUUAUCGUUACAAGUACUAAGGACAAGCAUUGCACAUGAACUACUGGUUACUUUAAGCAAUUGAAUCGCAUUUUUAAGGAUAUACAUAUAUAGAACGCAAAAUUAUGAAUGUUGGAAAGCCGCAGUUGCUUAUUAUGGCCCUUGUUGUACAUUUAAUACUAUGCACACUUCAGAAUAGUAUGUAUCUUUCAAAUGGUAUGGUUUUGGAUAUCGUACAUAUAAUGUUAAAGCUUAAGUUUAAUCAAUUACAUUCUGUCAGACACGUAUCGGGAAUUGUUAAAAUAAACACAAUUUUCUCAUCAUUA